GCCAAACAAACGGAGCCUUCCGCUUUGCACGGUGAACUUCGGCAGUAAUGGCUCUGGGAUCUCGUUUUAUUAAGAAUGAAAAUGUAAGUGACUGAAGAACUGGGGAUAUACACAAUGGGAAUAUAUAAAAAAUCAGAAUGAGAAUAUAAAAACAUUUUCGACUCAACCACGUGCUGCCGAGGUCCGUACUGUGACUAUGGCGCAGGAUGUGCACAGUGACCCCCAAUGCACCACAAGCCUCUUAAUACAGCAGGGCAGACGUUCCCUGGGGAGAAAGUGGGAGACAGCUUCGUGCUCAUUGGACAGCAGGCCGCUCCUCACAGCUGUCAAUCACUCUGACAGCCAACCGAUUUCUGUGAAAUUCGACGCUUUAUCCAUGUCCUGCCUGCUUCCCAAACUGCCCAAUCAUAACACACCUCUCAAUAUAAAGAUCCCCAGCUUCCUGCCCAGAACAUCAGCAGACUGGCUGAAAAUCAAUGGACUGACUGCCAAGGGCCUGGAUCUCUACGCAGUUCUGUCUCCAAACUCAUACUUGUUUGCAUCCCAGUCUGGGCCCAUUCAAAGUAAAACUGUCACCUCCACAGUGAAUGAGGGGGCGAUGGUAGAGUUUGAGUGGCACGACGGCUCAAUGAGAAACGUGCAAGUGGACCUGCCAUUUCUGCAGAACUAUCAGGAGCAGGUGUAUGAGGCGGUGCGUAGGCUGGAGGAGAGGGUCCUCUGGCUGAACACUGGCAGCCGGCGGGUUUGGGGGAUGGUGUGUGAGCCCAGAGUGUUGAUUGUGGUGGACCUGUGUCAGAUGAACUUCCUGAUCCUGGCCAACAUUCAGCAGUGCCUGAGGCUGCUGUUGGAGGAACAGCUGGCAAAUAAGGAGAGCUUCAACAUAAUAGCGUUUGGCACAGAUGUGCAACAAUGGGGAGACACAAUGGCUCCACCGACUGCUGAAAACCUACAAGAAGCCUGGCUGUGGGUUCAGUGCCUACAGUGUUCAGGUAGUAGGAACCUGCUACAGGCCCUGAGACAUGCAGUGGAGCACACCGACCAGAGGGGGCAGCUUCCAACGCUUGGCGUUUACUUGUUAACCAGUGGAGUACUAGAUCAAGACAUGACUGUGGUGUUGGAUUAUGUGAAUGAGCGAUGCAGUGGUGAAGACCUACGACUCCAUGUCUGCCUCUAUAGUCAAGGGGACGAGGACCUUGAGCUGUCUUCUUCGUUUGACAUUAUGCUGCCGUUGCGCAGUUUGGCACAUGCCGGCCUUGGGCGCUUCCAUUGGUGCAACGGUGCAGGUGUUGUGGAAAGCGAUGACAUCAGUGCUUUAAGGCGAGAAGUUGAGACGGCAUCCUGUUACCUCCAUAAGUGCUCCCGGUUGGUGGAUUCCAUGAGUCAGGGAGCUACCGUCAGGCAUUCCGUUCAAGUGAGGACCCAGUCAGCUGCAACUCUGCCCACUCAAGGGCGCAAGGAAGAGUGUCCCAAUCCUCUGGCAACAGACCACACUCUCACUGGGCUGGAUGCAAAGACACACAAGAUGGUGGAGUGUUCAAGUGCAAGGGCAUCAGUUCGGCCUCCUAACAUUGCAAAAGUUGCUGUUUCUCCAGCACAGUCACUGAAUAGCGGGAGGAUGUCGAAGGCUAGAGGAAAGCAGACGAAGCCUGAGGUUUCCUUGUCCCUCUUUUACACCGAACAGGGUAACAAGCUGGGUGUGGUUUUCAAGACUUAUCCUAAAGCAAAAACCGUACAGCGGCGUGUGCCCGCUCUUACUCUUCCCAAGAAUGAAGACGUUUGCUCAACCAAACAGUGGCUAAAAAUUUUUGGAGUUAGGCCGCUAAAGCUGGACCUUCACAAGCUGGCUUCUGGGCCAGACUGCACCCAUAACAAGAAAGCAGUGGCCCAAAGGGGCACGUCCCCCCAGUACUGCUCCGUCUUCCCCAGCGUCCAAAUCAAUGGUGUAGUGAAGCACCUGCAGCUGACCUCAGGGGAACUUGCUCAGUACCUCACGCAGACAGAGAAGCUUCUGCGGCGAUAUGCUCGAAGGCUGCUCUGGCUUCUUUCCGGCAGCAGGUGCAUGUUCGGCUCCAUCCUGGAGCAUGACGUAUGCAUUCUCCUGGACACAUCUGGGUCAAUGGCCUCCUGCCUGGAUGAUGUGAGGAAGGAGCUUGAGUCUCUGAUCUGGGAUCAGCUCCACCAGAGAGGUGUGAGGUUCACCCUGCUGGCCUUCUCGGAUGUGGUCAGGGCGUGGCGCUCCACCUUGGUCGAGGCAUCUCAGGAGGCCUGUCAGGACGCUGUGCGUUGGCUCUCUCAGCUCUCUGCUUAUGGAGGAACCUGCCUGCUGGAGGCCCUGCAGGUGGCCAUUGGCCUUGGAGAUUUCCUGGGAUGCUACCUGCUGAGUGAUGGAAAGCCCGACUCCAGCUGCAGUCUGGUACUGGAGGAGGUAGCGAGUCGGAUAGUGGGGAGACGUUUCACCAUCCACACAGUCUCGCUUCUCUGCUCUGAUAGCACAGCCAAUGACUUUCUUAAGAGACUCGCCAAGCGAACAGGAGGUCGUUUCCACCGUUACCAGGGCAACAGUGACAUCCAGGCAACCAAGACAAUGCUACAGGAAAGCCACAGUGACCAGGAUCUUUUAGCGCUACCAGCUUUUGAAGGUGACGAUCUGAAGAAACUGGCAGAGGAAAUAGACAAAGUGAAGCAAUUCCGCGCACAAGCAGAGGUGUUCAGACGGAUCGUCCUGGCGAAACAGAAUCGAGGAAUGACCGAGGUCCAGCAAUCUCCGGAAAACUAAGAUUUUACAAAUACAGUAAAAGGAAAUUUAACAUACGAAA